CCCUCUCCUUCUUGCUCUUCUACAUUCAAAAGACAUCGCGACAACACACCGUCGGCGUGUAGCCAAUGACCGGGUAGUGCAAGCUCGACUAAUCCGGCUUAGCGCGAUUGCCCGCGGGCGAGGCCCAAGCUCUCACUCUUUUCAUCCCAUCUCUCGCACGACACAUGGGUCCUGCUCCGCAUUCAGGCCGGAGCAUCUAUCAAACGGCCCAAUCCUCAUGCGGGUCUCUCACGAUGCGUGUAAGGCCCGCAACGCCGCCGAGGGGGGGGGCCUUGGCGCUUACACCCCCUGCACGACUGUCUUCCCCUCGGUCUGAGACUCUCUCGACAUCUGCUCCAUCACUGAGCAUCGCCUCACGAUUUGUCAUUCUGAAAUGCUACGUGGACUGCUUGUUUUCGGCUCGGUGAUUGUGGUUCUCGGCGCCUCCUUCUACCAGCUAUAUCUGAAGGAGUUUCUCGCUGUCACCGUCGGUGUCGGACGCGUUAUCCAAACAAUCGACGAGUUUCCGUAUUCGUGUCGGCGAAUUGAGAACGAAAGGCUUGAAGCCUGCGAAGACCUCUGGCUCGAUGACGAGGCACGCGUCCUUUACGCCGCAUGCACGGGCUUGAGGCACAGAGCAGGAUGGAACCAAGCCGUGGACAAGCUGAAUGUUUCUGCACGGCGGCCUGGAGGAGCCGAGCUAAUUGCUUUGGACAUUGAUUCUCCUAGCGCAGACGGCUCUUUUAAAAUGCGAGGCAUCAAGCCAGUGGGCUAUGUGGGAGCUGCUGGUGACCAGUCUCUCGAUUUUGUAGGAUUCGACGCGGAGGCGAUUGGCCCGUCAACCCUCCAUUUCUAUAUGAUCAAUCAGCGUCCACCGGUUGACGCGGAGCUGAACUACAUCGAUCCUUCGAAGAUUGGGGCCAACUCUACCAUCGAUAUCUUCGAGUACGAGAAAGGGAAGAGCGUAAUGCGCCAUCUGCGGACUGUAUGGUCGCCGGCAGUAUAUUCACCUAAUCGCGUGGCUAUCCUCGGCAAUGGGGCAUUCGUUCUGACUAACGACCACUCGGCGAAAGUUGGCCUGCGUAAACAAUUCGAUCCUCUACUUGGAGGCGGCAACGUAGCCUACUGUUCGCCAGCCGGCGAAUGUCAUGCAGCAACGACCAUCAACCUCAAGUUCCCGAAUGGCCUCACCAAAGGAGCAGACAGCCUCAUCUACGUACCCAGCAGCAUCGAUGGCACCGUUCGGAUAUUCGAAGUACGGCCCGACAAGAUGCUGAAGCACCUCGAUACCGUUCAACUUCAGAUGCCGCUAGAUAACCUUGCGCUAGAUGCCAAAGGAGACCUCUACGUGCCUGGAUUCCCUGACUUGCUCAGGUUGAUAAAAUGGGGGGAAGACCCCGCCGUUAAUCGUUCUCCGGUGACGGUUCUCCGCAUCAGCACAUCCAACGGCGAGUACAAGGUCACGAAAGUACUCGAAGACGGAAAGUCUAAAAUUAUGACUGGAGUCACAACGGUGAGGCAUGAUGCCAAGACAGGAAGGCUCUUUAUGGGAGCUGCCUACAACAAUAUGGUGGUCUGCGAACCCAAAUAAGUCCUUGUUGGGCCACAGGACGCUUUUGAAACUGCCUCAAAACGAAAGUGAUCUCAUCUUUCGCUGUUUGUGAUGAGUUUUGUUGAAUGAAGGCAUUGUAUAUCGGCGGAACGAAUUGCAUGCGGUAGUCUCGUGGUGACAUCUCAACAAAGAGAUCAACUUCGGCCCCUCUUGCCCACUUUCCUCUCUCCUGACGUACUUUGAUACGCCCUAACGCGAUUAGAUAGGGCAUCCACAUCGCUUUCUGCGGUCUCGUGGGGCUGCAAACCUGGACAAUUUUCUGUCACACGUUCCGCAUUCUUAUAACUAUCCUCGAUCUUCUCGCAACUACCCGACCUUUGUUCGAUCUAUAGUAUGGCCCGUGCUAAUCGCC